AUGUAUUCGAACGUAUCACAAAUUAAUAGCAAAGAUGGUAAAGAUUCAUUUGAUUUAGAUAUUCAAACCGGUAUGGAAGAGUUUUGGCAAAUUUUUCAAUUACCAUUCGCAAAUACACCUGAAACGAUUCAUUUAGAUGAACAAGCGAUUAAACAAACAGUAGAAGAAUUUUUGUCAUUUAAUGGUAGGGCUGCUGCUGCUUGUACAACACUUACUAGACCGUUUGCAAGUGAUGAAGAAGGUCCUCAUGCUGAUUUGUUGAAACCUGCAAUGAGUUCAAAAAAGGUUGGAACUCAAACUAUUUUUGUCUUGAUUGUAGAUUAUGCUUCAUCAAAUUCAACUCCAUUCUUUUGUGAUCUUGCAGAGGCUGUGAUGUUAAUCUUAGGGAUUCCUUUUAGAAUGAGACUUUUACCACAAAUGACAGAAGAUCCUGCUGCAUCUUAUUAUCGACUAGAAGAAGCUUAUACUCAAAACUUGGCACUUGAACCACUCUUUGAAUUAUAUGAAAGACGAAAGGUUACGUUUUCAAGAGUAAUUUGGCUGAAAGGUUUUACUUAUCGUGACUUACUAGAGACUUUAAGGAUCAGUCUUAUGAAUCAAGCAACAAUGGUCUGUAGUAUGGAUUGGAAAGAACAUGAUGUUUUUUUAAUUUCCAACAAUCGCUGGCGUACACGUGAUUUAGACGGAAAUCUUUUCAGAGGCUCCAAGUCUACCUCGCCUCUCAGCAAAGCUCCACCUCGUGGUGCAGACCAGGCGCAGAUUGUAGACGUGAUCAAGGGCAAUCUCUAG